AUGAGUCCUCCGCUUAUCCUUAUAAGAAAAGGCUUGCGAUCGAGAGGACACGCUCCUGCCGAGCUUUGCGUCCUCGAUCCUUCGCCAGACGGCGCUCGUGCAGCCGUCCAAUUGCCUGAUUCCGGGAAUUAUCUCGGGCAGGUCAAUGCGGGUGACAUUGACGGACGGGAAAAUCACUACGACGAUUCGCAGGUGCAAUUUUCUCGUCCCAUUCCGGACGAAGUUAUCAGCGUUUACGAGGUUUAUGUGAAGGAAGAAUCGAACGCGGAGUCGAGGAGCGGAGAUGCGCCGACCGUGUCGGGAUUGGGCUCCACCGGCGACCAGCAGCUAAUCCAAGUAAUUAAUCGUGGCAAAUGUUCUUUCGAUAUCGACUCGCGAUCACGUGAGACCGCUUUCAAGGAGGAGUGCAUCGACCUGGAUGCAGCCAUAGACUCCGAGGUGAUCAAUAUCGAUGGCACCGUCACGAAACUCCUCGGCAAGGACGCGUUAAGGUACAAAAUUUUCGAGCAGAGCGUGAGCGCGCCGGACGAGAAUGUGGUGGUGUAUCCGCGUCCUGUUGCCGAUGGGCCUUCUUCGUCCUCGACGACCCGGCUUAUCGACAAGGAUGAUCCGCGAUCCAGGCUGCAUUUUGUAAAGUAUCUAAAACGCGACGGGAAGACGCUGAAGAUCUGGGAAUGCGGCAUUUGUUCAAAAGAGUUCCGCCAUCAGUACACCCUGAUGAGGCACUUGCCGACCCACACCGACGAGAGAAACUUUAAGUGCGAGGCUUGCGGCAAGGCUUUCCGUCAAUUGUCAACGUUGAGUCAGCACAAGGCUAUACACAGCGACGCCAGGCCCUACGUCUGCGAAUUUUGCAAGAAAACAUUUAACAGGGUGUCCACGUUAAUCUCCCAUCGGAAGACGCACUCGGAGCACAAGCCGCACAAGUGCCACGUGUGCGGCAAAGGAUUCCACCAGAAAGGCAAUCUGCGUAAUCACGUGUUUACGCACACGAACGAGCGGCCGUACAAGUGCGAUCUCUGCGGCAAGGGCUUUAAUCAGAUGUCGAAUUUGGUGUGUCACAAGGUGAAGGCGCACGCACACGUCGACAGGAUGCAGUACUCCUGCGGAAUCUGCGGCAAGGAGUUUCCGCGCAGAUUCGCCCUACGAUCGCACGAGGAGUACAAGCACGGCAUAAAGUACCGCAGCACCGGCAACGCGCAAGCUGCCGUGAACGAGCCCGAUACUGCGAAAAACAAGAACGUUAGGAUCAUACAGUUGUUCAAUGGCGAUCGCAAUCAACCGAGCGAAUGCAAAGAGGAGGAUUAUUUCGGUUCGUCCGACGUGAUGGACAGUAUCGUGAUAGACAAAAUCGAUACGAAAGCGAUGGAGAUGGCGAUGAUACAGGGCCAGACUCCUUUUGCUCUCUACAAACCCGCGAAGGGUAUUCCGGUGCUCGUUAAAGUCUCGCCAAGCGCGAAUAAUAAACACAUGCUUACACCUGCGACCGCCGAGGAUUUGCGAAUGACGGGGAAGAUCACCGUGAGUUCCUCCGAGACUUCGGACAUCGACGGCGGCAAGGCAGUUCAGGUGAAAGUGCCGGUGGUCGCCACAGUGAUGCAAAAUAUUGAGCCCGACGGUAAAUCCGUCUUCGUUGUCGAGCCUCCCGGAGCGGAACACGAGCAAGACGGUCUGGUGACAACGUUGGACCCGCAGUUCUCUCUGCCCGAGCUUAAUCGCAACGAGCCAGGUCGCCAGAAUGGCCCGAACUCGGCUCCGUCGAUGGACGAGUGCAACGAGUUGCUGGAGCUGGCCGCGCAGGGUGGAAUACAGUUCGUCCGCGCCACGGAGGACGGUCGUUACGAGGUUAUGACGAGCAGCGAGGCCCGCGACUUAAUGGCGCAGAAUUCCCACGACGUAACGAUUCUUGACGGCGAACAGGCGGACGCAAUCAAUCUCGCAAAUAUACGCAAUAACAACGAGGUCAUCAUCGGCGACAACGAUAAUCAGAUCAUGGUGCUGGAAUCCGGCCAGAAAUCCGCCGGUAUGUCGAUGGACGGCAUCGAGAUUCUCGAGGACAAAGACAUCAGGAUUCUCGAGGGUAAAGGCCUCGACGAUCGCUUCGUGGAUGGCAUAACAUUCCUUUCCCAGACCAAAAUCGACGAUCUCCUGCUGGGUCCGAAAUCGCUGGCUAUCGAUGCUGACGGCGCUCUGGUUGGCCACGACGACGUGAUGCCCGUGCCGUCCAGCCAGCAGGAUCCAACGAGCAUCCUGGGUCACCCCUCGAAUCUAUCCGCUGGCUCGCAGUCCUCGUUAUCGUCUCUGUUAAUGAAGAACCAUCCGCCGUUGUCGCUAUUGAGUGAGACACACCCGUAUCUGAAGGGCAGUCAGUGCUUCACGGAGGACCUAAACAUCCUUGGCGUGCCGCCCAUGGACGAUCAUCAUUCCGAGUACGACACGAAGCUGAAGCUAUCUUCGGUCUUCGACGACGACUGCGAUACGAGCGGCUUAAUGCCUUUCGGUCAAUCGGACAUGAAGAUGCUCGAUUCGGAGAAUCAGUGCAUCAAGCCUUUCAGCGACAGGUUCGGCUUGCCACCGCCGAGGAUGUUUCCUGGCCUCAACGAGGUGAAGAUCCUUGGUCCGAGGAAUCACAGUCACGAUUUGAUGACACCGCAGUAUCAGGAGAGGGUCCUCAGCCCUUUCGAACAGUUUUUGAGGAGCACGGUUGUGCAGACGAGCAGUUGCGUACCCGGCAGCAGCGACCCGUCCGAAGGAUGCAGGAAGGAGGUGAAGAUACUCGGUAAAAAGCUCGGCACCGGCAUUAUCACCACGACCGAGGAGGGCGACAUUGUCAAAGUCGUCGACGAUAAAGUUAAAUUCGAAACUGACACGAUGGACCUGUGUGACAACGUCUUGCAAGAAUGCGUGUCGCCACGACGGUUGCACCGGCAGCAGUCGAUGGAGAACGACGUCGCGGACAACUUCUUGCUUCAAGUAAAAACCUUUGAGAGUAAUUACGCUAAGAGCAACGAAAAAGAGAACCUUUCUCCGAACCUACGCAGGCGAGCAGUCCCUGCGGCUCGGAUUUUCUGAAUUUCGGCGGUCGUUUCGCUGGCAAGAACCUGUCACCCGACGGCCACCUCGAGAGGAGCCACAAGGAGGAUCGCGGGGACGCAGGUUUCGAGCCUGGGGAAGUGUUAGAUCUGGACUGACGGAAUGCGACGAGGUACAGAAUGGUCUCUCGCUUCUUGGAGUUACUUGAUUCUUUGUGCCGUCUCUGCGGCUCGCAU